UAUAAAAAUAGGACGUCAGGAGCCAUCUAAUUUUGCGUGAAGUUGGCUAUAAGGCAUACUGGCGUAAUUGUUGACUGUUUGCGUAUCGAUUUACAGCUACCGAAUUUGGUGAUAUAUUUAAUAAAAGCUUUGGGCUGGCGAAGCCGUCAAAGCUCUUGAAAUAUUACGUUAUAUUGUUGAGAGAGCAUCGAAAUAAGAAAAUCUAUGCUACCAAUUGACGUUGAUUCCUGAACAAUGGAUUCACUUGAAGAACAGCUCUUUGCUGCAGUGUCAAGAGGAGAUGCAAACUGUGUAAAUUGUCUCUUGGCCCAAGGGGCCAAUGUAAAUUUUGUAUGCUCAUCUGGAAGAACACCCCUUGGAACAGCAGCACAAAUGGGAAACAUGGCCAUAUUACAGGUAUUACUAGAUGCAAGUAGUGUCCCUGUUACUCUUCCUGAAAACUUCUACAAACAAGACCAGGCAAAUCACCAUUUAAAGCACAGAAGUAAGAAGAAUAGACGUGAUUACUCUCACAUCAACAAUGCAAAGAAAUGUGUAUUUGAACAUACGGAUAAUUUGACAAGUAACACCAUUAAUAUUGAUGCUGCUUGCCUGGAAAAUACUGAAGGUGUGAGGAAACAGUGUUCUGUUAGUCUGAGUUCUGAUUUAGAAUUAGAUUCAACAGUGACAGAUUUAAGUAAUCCUUCAAGCCAGAAACAAAAUUUGGGAUAUUUCAUUGUGGUUCACAAGGACGGGAGUGUACAGCAUUCGCCCAGUAGUAUGGAGGGUGAGAAUUUAAGGCAGGCAGUAGAUGAGAAUUGGAAUCAAGGUAUGAGUGAAUGUGCUGGUUCAUGUGCUGGAGUGCAGAAUGAGACAUCUGCAGGCGCUCUUAAUGAUGACCGGACACCCGAUGGAAUGGAUGGGCUGGAGUGGGAUGUGGAAGUGGAGGACAAAGGAAAGGGAAGUGAGGGAGAAGAAGAGGAUUCAUGGGCGUCACUGUAUCGCUGGUAUGCUGACAUCCUGGAUCGCACCAGUUCUCUUCUCCAGUUGCCCCACCGCUGUGACGUGAACCAUCAGGAUGUUUAUGGGAGAUGUGCGGUGCACUAUGCUGCAGAGCAAGGGCAUAUGGAUGCCCUGCAUUUAUUAACAACUGCAGGAUGUCGAUUGGAUAUUGGGGACUCUGAUAACCUCACUCCUCUUCAUCUUGCUGCUGCUCGGGAUUAUUACAAAGUUGCAAAAAUGCUACUGGAUGCAGGUGUUGAAGUUAAUCGUAAGACAAGUGAUAAGACUUCAGCAUUGCAUAUUGCAGCAUCACGAGGUUUCAUCGAUACUGUCAGAGUGUUGUUAGGUGGUGGCGCAAACAUUGACUCUCUGGAUGCAUCUGAUCGUACACCACUGUUACUUGCCGUAUCACGAGGGCAUGAUGAUGUUGUUGAGCUUCUCAUCAAGCAUGGGGCCAAAGUUAACACUGAGGAAAUUCAUGGUUAUACACCACUUUGUGAGGCAGUGUGGCAGAAGGCGGUACCUCUGGUCCAGAUGUUAUUAGGUGCCGGUGCUAAGAUAACUCAGUCUCAUUUCCUUCUUCACUAUGCCAUCUUGCACAGGCAUACUGAAAUGGCAGAACUGCUCUUGAAAGCUGGCUCCAUCGUAAAUCUGCGUGAUGACAAUGGCGAUUCACCCCUGAUUGUUGCUGCCAGGACAGGGGUUUGCCAGCUUGCAGAACUCUUGCUUAUGAAUGGUGCAGCUGUCAAUUAUCCCAACGCUCUAACUGGAAGCAUGCCAUUACAUGAAGCAGUGGAAUUCAUCCGUGAUUCAAAUCACUCUACUUUUAAGUCAAUGUUCCAUAUCUUGCGAUCAUAUGGAGCAAUUCUGAAUGUGCAGACAUGUACUGGUGGUGAUACUCCAUUAUUUAGAGCCAUUCUCUUGGAGAAAGAUAGAGCUGCAUCUCUUUUAAUUCGCUAUGGGACUGAUGUCAAUCUCUGUGAUGUAGAAGCAUGUGUAGUAGACAACCUUUGUCUGGCCAGAAAAAGAAAUAACUUCCAUUUGGCCCAAAUGAUAGUUUAUGCUGGUUUUGAUCUUCAGCAUUGUACUCCUGAUCUCCAGCCACCAUCAGAAUCAGCAUCACUAUCAUUAGACAAUUUAAGGGACUGGCUAAUUUAUAUGAAGUUUAACCCAAUGAGACUGACUGAACUGUGUCGACUGGUAAUAAGAACACAAUUGGGUGAGAGAGUUUAUGAGAAGAUCACAUCAUCAUAUUUGCCCUUAACUUUAAAGAAAUAUGUUCUGUUAGAAGAUGUUGAUUUUUGUGAUUGAUUUAAGGGCUCUUUAUACUUAAUUGUGAAGAUUCAAGUGACAGUCACAAGAAAGUUAAAUUUGAAAUGUACAUAUAUUAGGUGAGAAAUGUAAGAGCACUUGCCAAUGGAUAGGCCAGUGCAGAUGUCUGGCAUAUUACUUCUAUCGAUAUUUCUGCAGCGAAAGUCCAGUGUUGCCAGUAUUGACUGACAGCAAGAACAUGCAAACACAAGUAUUAUUUAAUACACUGCCAACACAGUAAUGUUAAAUAUAAGAAAUCACUUUCAUGAGUGGACUGUUAAUCACUUUUCAGUAUAAAAAGUACAAAUGCACUAAGAAUAAUGCUCACAUCCUAAUACUGUCAUCACUAUUACAUGGUUACCCCAGAUUCAGUUUUCAGUUCUGUAAUUUUUUGCAUCAGUAUGACAUAAAGCGUCAGAGGAACACAGAUACCACCUUAACGUGGUUUUCCUGACUUUUUAUACACAAAUUGUAGGACAAUACCUUGAAAUAGGAUGUUUGGUACUUCCUCUAAAUCAUCACAAUUCAUAAUAAUCUGUCCAUGUAAUAAUGUAUGUCAACUAAAAUGUUGGCACUAAUCUUGCCAACAAGCGGCAGUCGCUCAGUUGAUAUAAUUCGCUUGUGGGCUGAAACCACAGAGUUUGUUUUGUUUUGUUUGUAAUGAUGUCUGUAGUUAGAGACAAGUGUUUCUUUAAUACUGUCAUGACAAACAGCAUAAAUUUACAUUAAUUCAUGCAUGAGUGUCAGGAUUAAAAACACUGCUAUGAACUUAGGGACUGGAAGGGGGAUAAAAAGGAUGUAAUGUCCUUGUAAAUACAAAUACUUGUACUGAAGACGGAACGUGUGUCCACCUGCCUUAGAAUGUGUAGGAAUGUUGUAACUAAUAGUGACAAAAAACUUUGGUAACAAAAAUAAGCUAACAAGCAAGCGUCUCUUUUUACCAAAGUUCUUUAUAUUAAGUUAGAACACUUUCUGGAUUACCAAGAGAAUAUUUGAAGACUAUGCAUACAUACUUAAAUAAAAGUAUAGUAAAAUUCAUUACAUUUUGAUAUGAAUUUGCAAAAUUCUGGUGUAAAAUUGAAAUAAGUAUAUGAGCUAUAUUUAAUGUGUUAUGUCUUUAUGGGUAUUUGAUUAUAAAUUCACAGCACAUAAAAAUGUUUCUAACCAAUAAUUUUUAAGGCAACCUAUACAAUAUAAUUCUCACAUUUUCACAGCUUUUUAUGAAAGCCUUUCUGUAUUGUCAAUAAGGAUUGUUAUAAACAGAUCUAAUCUUGAGAGUCAAUUCAUCCACUAUGUAAUUUUCAAAUAGUGAAUGUUACAUAGAAAAUGAGAUUGCUGUGAUGAAUGUAAAUACAGUUCCAGACUGAUUGCUAGUUAAAAAUCAACUGAGAAUUGCACGCUUUGACUAUCAUAAAUCAUAUGAUAGAAAUGUAUGUAAAAUACAGCUUAUGUUACAUUUUUUGAUCCAGUAAUACAACAUCCCUGAAAUUUUAUUUAUAUGCUAGAGGGUUUAAAAAAGAUAAUCACUUUACCAGAAUGCUGACCCAGACAACACUGUCAGGAUACAAAACACUCCAUUAUCACCAUGAACAGAAAAAUAAAAAGAGUAAUUUUACUUUGUUUAACUUCCUGUCAGAGCAGUUGACUGUUGAAGGAAAAGGGCGUGGAAAGGAAAUUAUAUUACUAGCAUACCCAGCUUCCAUCAAUGAGACACAUGAAUCACCCAUUCAGACUAAUACCAAACAAAUGAAAGUUUGUGGAACUGGUUAUUGAUGAAUACAGAGAUCAUGUUUUCUGAAAUAAUAAUCCACUGUAAACUGAUACAAAUAGAGAAGGAUUAAUGCCCCACUCUAAGGGGCCUCACAUUCUGAGAAUAUUAAAGCUGUUAAUAUUUCAUGCGACAUUGUAAUUUCUACAAGGCAGGACAAGCAUGGAAGAUCAUAAUAGCCAGAAACCAGGGUUAGCAGGAAAAAUAGGUUAGGUCCUUGCAUUCUUAUUAACAAGGACUUGGUGUGAAUAUUGAAGGCUCAGGUAGAUUUUGGCAGUUAAGAUGGACGCACAAGUGUGAGUGUGCAGUAGGAUUAGAGAAUAAUAAUAGAUCAUGAGUGAAAGAUUAUUGUUGACUGAAAAGUGGAAACUUUUCUCAGUAACAAGGAAGAGGAAAAUGCCCCUGCAGGCAUGAACAAAACUACAAGGAGGUCUUAACUGCUCUUCACUUCACAGCAACCUGUGCACCACCGGCUGCGAGGGGCAUAUGGAUUUUUGCAAUGAAUCAGUAUGCCGGAUGGCCAAUAAUAUUUGGAAUUAAGGGAAGUUAUUAACUUUGUACACCGAUUGACGGCAUUAUGUUUCACAGCGCACGGAGUGGUUCAUGGAUGGGAAUUUAUGAUUUGUCAGCUGUGGGUGACACUUAUCUGCUACAUUAGCCAUUUGUUUUCAGAUACAAUUAGAGAGCAGUGUUCCAUCAUGGCGCAGUAUACUUUAGAGCAAUGUGUAUUUCUGUAUGACACCUAUGUGAAAUACGGAUAUACUAAAAAAUAUCAGUGAAAAUUUUUAUGUAAAUUUCAUGAUGAAAGAAUUCACAAAUUGGUGAAUAAACUUGAAACAAAAACAUAAGGCCCGAGGGCUUACUGAGGAAAGGUUAGAUGACACAGGAGCCAGACUUGAACAUCCACCUAGAAAAUUACUCAGACAUCUAGCUCAAGAGACUUAAGUGUCAAAGUCUAAUGCAAGAAGGGCAAUACACUUGCUGAAGCUUAGACCCUAUAAAACAACAGGAAGCUGUGCGGUCCAGCUAGCAGGGUUAAUUUUUGCAGUUGGUUUAUACAAUCUGUAGUUGACAUUCUUUUCUGAUGAAACAUAGUUUCGCUUGCAGGGACACAUAAAUACGCAAAAUAAUGGCUACUGUAGUUCACAGAAUCUACAUCUAACCCACAAAAUCCUGCUACAUCCAGUGAAAGUCGGUGUCUGGUGUGCUGUAAGUGCAAGAAGAAUUGUUGUACUUGUGUUUUGUAACAAAACAGUUAAUUGUGAAAGAUAUGCAUAGGUCAUUCUCAGGCAAUUCUUUCCAGAGUUAACAGAAGAAGAGAGACUGUUAUGGCUGGUUUCAUCAAGACACGGUUACUGCCCACACUGCACGUAUAUCUAUGCAGGCUCUGUCCGGUGUCUUUGGGGACAGAAUUAUCAGCAGUGGUAUUCAACCAGCAUAUUCACCCGAUCUUACUCCUUUUCAUUUUUCUUCUGGGGUUUAAAGAACAAAGUUUACAACAGAAAACCCCAAAUGGAAGAACUUAAUGAAAAUAUUCAUACGGAAAUUGACAAUAUUCCUGCAGAACCUCUUCUGCCAGUGCAAGGAAUGUCCACAAGUAAAGGGAGAGCAUAUUCAACACCUCUUGUGAACACUGUAUUGUAAAUAUUUCAUUCCAAACAUUAUUGGCAAACAGGCAUAUUGAUUCAUCAACAAAAUUCAUAUACACCUCACAGCUGGCAGUACAGUCGCCAUGAAGUGCAGAGCCAUGAACCAGUCAAGAAAGGUAAGAACGUCCCUGUAGUAUAUAUUUUGAAGUAACUUAAUUUUUUUGUACUUUAUUUAAUGAUACUGUCAGUAAUUCUGACUGUAGUGUCAAAUGAUUGGGUUAUAAUGAAUUGUAAAGGAUGUGGAAGGAAGUGGUCAUGGCCUACUUUAAGGUAAUAUCCCAGCAUCUGCCUGAAGGGACCAAGGAAAGCCACAUAAAACCUGUCAGGAUAGUUUAUCUCAGCCAAGAUUAGAACAAAUCAUCUUGUAAAUAAAAGUAAGAAGCACUACUACAGAGCCACCCUGCUUGGUCACUUGAAUUAUUCCAGACUUGUAUUUUCUACAUAGCAUGGGGUUCAGGAUAAAAAUCAUAGCUAGAAAGGUGAACGCUAAUGGUUUUGGUCUGACACAUACAGAAUACACAUAUUGCAUAUACGUACAUGCAUAAGUGGAGUCAUUUUCUGGACAGCUGAAGUUUGCCUUACUGCAUUUUUCAGUUGAAUAAAAAAUACUUCCUUUCCAAAUUUCAUAACAUUGUGGAUAUGAAGGUGGUAAGUGCAUGUACCUAUCUGAAAUGUAUAAAAAAGCAAAUGAACAGUGACUGUUCUGGUUGAAAAAUGAGGUAAUUAAGAAGUGUUACCAACAAUUCCUGAUGCCAUGAACAGAGUUGUUAAAUGAAAUAUAUGUAAACAAACAAUUCUGACACAUGGUUAUCAGUUUUUAUCGUCAUAGUAAACAUUCAUUUUAAGGAAAAAUAUACAUCAUUUUAACAUUAGUUCCAGCAACAGUGUGUCAAAAAAUUUAUUUACAAAGCAGUUCAUUAAUGCAGAUUUUGUCUAAUGUAUAUGUAUAGUAGUUCAAAUAAAUGUUUUGUAAUGCUUCAGAGCAGGGUUGGCCAAUUACUGUAGUUAUGAAACUACAGAUAAUAUACAUAAAUCUAACAUAUUUUUCUAAUAACAUACAAGUUUAGCCCAUUAUAAACACUGAAUUUCACACAUUUUUACAUUCUAGCCAAUAACAAAUUUUUGUCCACAUUUCUUUUCAUAAAUAUAAUGCACAAAAUGACCUAACAGGCCACCAUUUGGCCAGCCCUGCUGGCACCAUACUGAUUUCAGUCAAUGUAUGCAUGCUCAUGGUCAUCUUUAGGCCUCCAUGCCACAUGUCCUUUCAGCAUUGUUUUAUGGUUAAAAAAGUUACCAUUGAUGACAGCUGUUUCACAAUUGCCUGUAAGUUACCUUAGCACCAGCAUCAUGUUCAUAUGCCUCGUCUGUAUCUGUUUGAUCAUGAAAUGAUGCUCCUUCUGAUCUUUCUUAGCACUCAUAUUUCUCCAUGCCCAUUGACUACAUAGUUUAGUGCUGCAUUACAACAUUUACAUUUGAUGAUUCAUAUACAACAAAUCUCAUCCAUGUACAAGCUUUCAGGUGAUGUGGAUAAGAGAAACAUCCAUGUCUAUGUGAAGAUGGCAAUAAGAUGUAUUUGUGGUAAUAAUUAUUUUUAUAGAAAACAACAUUCAGAGUAGGCUAUACCAACAAGAGGGUGAUUUUUCUUAUAAAAAAAGAAGCAAUAAGUAGCAAUUAUUCUUAUUUAAAUUUCCAUUCUCUCAUUCAUUUUUCUGUUUUAUGAAAGAUGUGGUAUACUGUACCGUUGCAUAACACCAUAAAGAAUCCCUGGGGGUGAUCAGUAGAAAACUGGAGUGAACACAGUAAGCAAAGCAUCCAGAAAUGUGCUUGGGGAACCAGUUGUAUACAACAGUGAAAUAAGUCUUCAUUUUCACAACAAACUUUUUCUGCAAUAGAGCAGCUGUCUACAAAUACUUUUUAAAGUACAUAUGCACUUCAAAAAGUAGCAUCAUGGCGAAGAAGUUAUGUCUGCAAACUUUCAAGUACUGGUAAUGAAAUAAUACACCAAUGGAAAUGUCUAUACAAAGACAGACCCUAAGCUAAUUUUCAUUUAUAGAUUUAACUUCUGUGUUCAGAUAACCAGGUUAAAAGGAAAAGUAAAGAUCAGUAGUUAUUUAACCCUUUAAAGAUGAAGCUCAUUUAAAUAUUUCAAAUUCAAUUCCUAUCUCACGGAAAACACACUGCAUCUCAAUUACAAAUGUAAUUACACUGCAAUGUAAAGGGUUAAGGAAUAUACUGCACACCAUCUCUCACUAAAAGAUUUCAGAGACACCACAAGUUCCAAAUUUAACUUCGCAAUGAAAUAUUUAGAACGAGACAAUUGCUGCUGUUACUUUCAGUAAGGGACAUGAGAGAGACGGCAAAACCUGCCUUGUUUUCUAAAUUCCAGAAUCUAUAUUACAGAUCACUGAUGGUGUGUAUGGGUACAUGUGGGCCACCCCUUAUUCAGUCCAAACAAGUUAAUGCACUGUUCAAAAUGGAAACUGUUUAGCUUUCUAUAAAAACUGCUCUUUCAUUAUGUUAUCAGAAUUACAGUGAUGGAGAAGGUCAAAGCAGCUUCAUCAUUAAACUAAUUUCUCGACCAGUUUCAUUACACUACUUGUAAGGUGUGCUUGAAACUUAUAUUUAAAGUGAUAUAAGAAAGAUGGUAUUGAGGCUGCAUACAUUCCAUACAUGCUUACAUGGUGUGACUGCAUUUACACAGAGAGAAAUAACUUCAUGUCACCCUGGAAAUGUGGAGACGGAUAAAUUUCCAGUGCUCAUACUACAGAUACCCAGUUAUAGAUUACUGUUGUAGCUAAACGUCUGUGGUUAGAUGCAUAAAAUUCUGAAAUAAUACUUCAAUACAGUAACAACACACUUCUUCAUAUUGCCUUCUAAGUUCUUAAUGAUUUUACAAAAUCAUUUUCCAACAUGUGUUUAAAUAAUAAUUCCUCUGCUUUGUCUUCAGUCAAGAUAAAUGGUUAAUAUGUUUUCAUCUAGUAUUUAAGUCUUGUAAUCACAUUUUAUUAUGUUUAGUGACUGUGUUGUCUAUGUUUUAUAUUAUGUUAUUUUGACUUGUUCCAGUGAUUGGUUGGAACAUUUGUUUCGAUUUUUGACACAUUCUAUAUCCAGUGGUGUGUGAACUUGUUUCUCGUCCUGUAAUUGGAUCUACUUGAAUAUAAGAAUAAAUUAAAUUAAACUCAAAUUGCAUAAGAAAAUCUUACAGGUUUGAGUAGGGUCCACCUGAAGAUGGAGACAGAAUCCUGUCCCUGAAACGCUGUGUUUUAAAAAGAGCUAGUGUUAUCACCAGAUCCCCUCACUGACAGAUCUGAAAACUGUUAUUCAGUCUCAGCCUUCAUGCCUAUCUGGAUUACACUGAAAGUUUGCUAAAUGUGUCAUGUACUGUACUUGAGUACAUGGGCAAAUUACUUAUUAGGCUCUCAGGCUGCAAAUAAAUGGUAAUACUGCAUUAAAAUGUAUCUGUAUGAAUGACAGUAAGUCUGCCAGUGAUAAAGCUGCACGCAGUCAUUCAGAUCAAGUAUCCACACCAUAAACAAUUUAUAUCUUAAGCUCAACAAUCUCAAGCAAUGCAGUGGCAUCUAAAAUACUGACAGCCUUUAAUCUUUCAACCUGGCAAAAGCCCAAAUAAAAUUAAUAAUUAAACUACUGUAUGUUAUUAUACAUUCAUUGUUAUUCAUUAUAUUGUUGUUUACAAUUAAGAAAUCUUGCAAGUUUAAAAAUUUCCUAUACUUAACACUUCUAAUAAAACUAACAAUAAAAGCAAGAACUCUAUAGUAACUAAUAAGCUGCAUACUCCUCUGAAACCUCUUCUUCCCUGCAGUUAUCAGGACUGUAUAAAAAUCCAGGUCUUGGGCAGAAUUAAUGUUGUAGGGUCUUCUCAACCACUCAUCUAAUUCUCAUAUGGAUUGGCAAGUGUAGGCCAUCAGACAUGACACAGUUAAUGGGCUGUGACUUGAUUCUGAAGUAUAUCCCCUUCCCUAUGCAAAAUAUGUUUACUGUAUUUACAAUGCUCAAUACAGUAUUUACUGGUAUAAUGCCCAUUCUUUUAAUCCAUAUUUUAUGCUCCAAUAUUAUGCAGGUUUUACAUGCAAUACUGAGAUUAGGGUUGAGAGAACUGUCAAUAUCUCAGUGAUUGCAGGAAAUGAAUACUCGUAUGAUUUCUACACAUACAAAAUACAUUUUAAAGUAUUUUUUCAAUAGUGCAGACAACAUUAGAGGCAAUAAUGUCGAUUCCCAAUCCUUACAGACUCGUUCUGUCACAGUGCAAAAGACAAAAUCUUCAUCACCAUGAAAACUUUAAAUGUUAUAGGCAGUGAAUACUUAUGUGAAUUUCAUGAUAAAAAAGUAUUUUUAAAUAGUGCAAGUAACAUUUUAGGUAAUAAUUCUGCUAAUGGAAUACUGCAACUGAUGCUAACUUUACUGGUUCCUAGCAAUCAAUAAUUUCAUUGUCUGACAUACUUCAAAUUAUUACAAAAAAAAUAUGUAAAAUAUGUGUUACAUAGAAUUGUAUUUUCUUCAAACUCUUCAUAAAAACUGGAAUAGGCAUAUGGACAAAGCGAUAUGUAAGUAAAUAUAUUAGUGAAUGAAACACAUGAAAACUCUCAAAAGGAUAUCUUGAGCUCAGAUUUUGUAUGCAAAAAAAAAUAAAUUGACAGCUGUGAAAACAUGUUCCCUAUACCUUUCCAUAUCAGUGUUCUCUCUCUACUGCCCACUCGCUAAUAAUAUAAUCACUCCUCACUCCUGUGGCCAAUCUACUGUAACGUGUUCGGAGUAGAUACGUCCAUGGUAACACAGUAACAGUGGGCUGUUGUGUAAGAAUUGCAGAAUCAACAAACGCGUUUCCCCAGAGAUGGAAAGUUCGUUGCAAAACAGAUUGUUGAAACAGCAGAAACCGAACUACGUUCUACCCAGUCCGGAACCUGCCUACAUAAGGGGGUUGAAUGCAUUCGCCAAGUCAGUCUUGAGAUAGUCGCCGUUGAAGACAGUUGAAGUCUAGCAGUCGCCGAGUGAAGUUGAGAAGCAUUGUCAUAUUAUAAGUGUAAAAGUGAAGGAGAAUAGAUAUUCGCUACAUCCUUGACCUACAUGAAGUUAUUUGUCGCAUAACACAGCCAACAUGCGACAAAAAUCGUAUGGUUUAAGUUUCUAUUUCAAGUCUCAGGAUAUCCUCUGACAGAAUUCCUUUCACUUCUGUCAUACACAACAACAUAAUAAUGUGCUUUAUACAUUUCAAUAUGGUAUAAUAUGACUAAGCAAUGCUUUAGGUUUGCAAAAUUAUUAUUCAUACACAGAAUUAUACAGCUGCAAUAGAAUAUGUGGAUGCAACAAAACAGUACACAUAUGUUUACCAUUAUUAUAAGAAGCAGGACUGGUACUUAUCGUGUAAUUACUUCACUUUGUGUGCUGAUCUGACACUGGAAAUACUGAAUAAAAUUGGUUUUCCUUUUAUAAAUGAAGAAAGAUAUCUAUAAACUCUCAGACUUUGGCUAUCUCUCCUAAUCUUUUUACUGUAAAUUAAUAUAACUUUUGGUCUUAAUGGUGUCGAACUAUUUGUAAAAUCAGAAAAUUUAUAAAAUUAUUAACAGAGCUAAAAAUGACUACAAAGAAAUAUUACCUCUAACAUAAAACAUACAGUUAAAAUAAACAGAACGAACAUUAAGAGUAUACUCUUCUGGGUCACAAUGUCACAUAGUCUGCAAACGGCUAAAAGUUCUGGAGCAACAGGGGUAGAAGAGGGUACCUUCAGGGUAGAAGAGUAAACAAAACAAGACACUAGCAGAAGAAGGCACUCCAAGCCAAUACAAGCAAAGCAAAUGGUACAUUGGUUGAGCUCCACUGCAACAAUAUAAACAAGGACUGCUUCUGUUUAAUUCAUGGAAACCUCCUAUCUAUUUCCCUCAAGAUAUGGAGGAGGGCUCCCUAACAGGUUUCUUUUGACAAAGUUCUCCAGGUACAACUAGCCUUUAUCAGAGUUAUGGUCUCUGCCCUUUCAGUACUCCUAGUCUUCCUUGGCUCUUUCAGAAACAGCUUAUUCUCUAACCCUAAUUUGGUCUUUUAUGCUGCCUCUUGCUCCUUUUAUCCCCACCUGGCUGUAACCCAAACAUCAUGCAUGACUUCCCUCCAUCCAACUUCACUCAGCUGCAACCCACCCUUAUUAAAUUCCAACAGAAGUACCAUUCAUGUCCUUUGCUCCCACUGGCUCUUUAUAUAAGUCCCCUUACAACAGGUACUCUUCCACUGGUUCCCUCACACUUCCUUUUAGGUGUGUUUAGCCUGCAACAGACUUGAUCUUCCAUGUGUGGUCUUCUUAGCUUGCCACCUGCUUCUGCUACUUUCUUGCUUGGCUUACUCUUUGACCCUGAAUAUGGAGGCAUCAGGUUGUCCCCAGACUACAAAGUUUUUACACCCAAGACCACACCCUUCAUAAUCACCACCAUGAGAACCUCAAACGCAACAGAAUGAUAUUGCUUUUCCAUAUGCAUAAACACAACAAAUUUAUUUUUGGAAUCUUAUAUGCAGAGUAGUCAGAUAAAACUGAAAACUCUGAACUCUUAGCAUACAAUUCUUCAUGGUACAUGCAAUGCUCUUAAAACUGGGUGUAUAUGAUGACUAGAUUGUGCCAGUACAAUUUGGGCCCAGAACACUAUUUAAGGCCAAGCAUUUAAUAAGACAUUUACAACAAUAAAUGAGUUUGGAAAUAUUUACAAACAAAACAAAUGAAACAAAUCAAAUUCAUUAAAAAAUUGUUUCUAUUAAGUAUAAUGAAACAAAAUUUUCCACACCUGUACUGUCAAAUUUGGGUACCAUCAGAAUCAUCGCACGAAUAAUCAGCAGCGCUUCCACUCUGAAGUUGUGUGACUUCACUUGGCUAUAAGGCUGCUACUUAUAAUUUCUCUGCUAAUAUACAGAUACAGCUGGAACCCAUACUGCUACAUUAGCCCCAGAAGAUGGAAUAUUUGGAGUAUUCUCACAAAAAAUAAGUUCUGUCAUAUGCAGUUAUUCAGGAUAUGUAAAAUUCUGUUAUGAAGAAUUUCCAUUCAUACUAUCCCAUUUACUUACAUCCUGGCUACAUUAACUCUGAAUCUGGAGAAGGGAGGGGUUGCAAAUGCUUGAUCUGUGAAUUGGCUAAAAUGUCAUGUUUGUCUGUCUGAAGAAUUCAGAGAUAUAUUCCAUUAGAGUAUGCUGACAGCACAAUAAGGGCAACCAACCAGAACCAAAACUGUUGACAACUUACUAAACAGACCCUUCAAUGAACAUGUCCACAGGACAUGGGUGAUUAUUUUCACUAACUCUGUCAUGUUUCUUACUUGAAAUGUUAACAGGACAGCACCCUUAAGGAACAACCUUGAUAUAUUGAUACUACAUUCCACACACUGCAUUCCGCACUAGAAUAUAACACCACAUAAUCUGCCAUGGCCAUUUUGCUUUUUUGUUUUAUUUAAGCUUGUUGGUUUAAUGGUGCUUUCCAUUCCUAAGAAUAUAGAGCAUCGAUGUUUCUCGACUACUAUUUAAACUUUAGACUUCAGUCAAAUUUCCUGGCAUUCUCUGCAGGUAAUCCACUCUCAAUACAUUCCUAGCAUUUGUACUUCCAUACAAACAUUCACUCAAUUAUUACAAUAAACCUCUAUAUCUAAAAAUGGAUCUUUGGACUUUAACUGAAACUGCACCUUAACCACAGUCAUUCACAGACUUUGCUCCAACUCAGCUGAUCUUCAGUUACGUCCCCUACUUUAAGGUCAAAGCACCAAUGAUACAACACUAUGACAGUGCUACUGAGCAGUCACCAGAUCUCUUCUUUCCCUUUCAUAAAAUCUUGAAGUAGCUCACAUACUUUGCACAUUCAAAGUUAAUGCAACCACGCACUAUUUUGGAUGAUCCCAUUUCAUACUAAUAUGAAAUUUCUAACACUGAAAUAACCAAUUCAACAGAUGUUUCUAAAUGUGAAAACAGGAAUAAAGUUAGAAAACAUCAAAUGACACAUAACUACUACAAAAAGGAAUAAGAUAACAAACUCUUUUCACAUUUUAGUAAUACAUAAUUAUAUGCUAUCCUAUAAAUAACAUGAACGGCUGAAUGGCCUGAAUGGCUUGCCAUAUAAAGAUAUUUUCCAGCUUAUGUAGGAAUACAAGAAUAUACUGUGCAUACAUCUGCUACUCCUACACAUCAUUUUGUUUCAUAUAUAUGAUAAGCAUCAUCUUCUCUCUCAAUGAAACUGAAUCAUUAUCUGAUCAGAGUAUCUUUCUUAUACAAUGAAAAGAAAAUAAAGCCUUUGUAUAGGUUAAAAUAACAAACACCAGCCAACAAAAAGUGAAUACAAAAGGGGCCAAGCACUCACCUUGAACAAAUCAGCUUGUUUUAAAAUUGGCAGAUUUCUGGUAUAAUGUAGAAUUAUAAUAGGCAGGGCACCCAGCUAUAGAUGUAUUCAUUUCCAUUGGCUAAAAUACCUCAGGCUCUACUCUUGGCAAAACAAUAUCAAAAUAAACUUUAAAGGGUCUGGCCCUUCUUUUGGACUACCAGAAAAUUUUUCUCCAUUUUAUUUUCUUUCUAAGUAAAACCAACAACAAAAUUAUGAUUAUGUCCUCUCAAUGUUCAGCUUCAACAUGCAGGACACCCCUUAGAAUCAUCCAGCAUCUCAUCUUCAUCAAUUUCUGUUUCGCCAUUCAACCUAUGGGCCCAGUUUUUAACAGAUAUCUUGCCCAGGCAGUAUCAUCACACAAAGGUUAUCUGGUUAAGUAUAAUAUAUGUCAGAUCUUUAUAGAAUGACUGUAAAAUCUUGAACUCCUCCAUAUGUUCUUUUCUUAAAGUUUCUCAUAUAAUUACACCAUUUCUAAAAAAAGGAAUAAAUUCAUAACAUGUAAACAUUUUAAUUCAUUACAUGACAUGUUAAUCCCUUACAGAAGUGUACACAAUUUCAGCAACUGUAACUGUAGCAUUUGUCAGUUACUGUUACUACACAAUGAAAAUACUAAAAAAUAAUUCAAAUGAUUAUACCAAAGCAACUGCUUAUAGCGAAUAAAAUGUGGAGGAAGAAAAAAGCAAACUAUGAGUGGAUAUUAAAUAUGUACCAAGCAAACGAUAACAUACAUCAAAUAAGUACCAGAUGGUACAAUAGGCUACAUGUUUCUUCUGUGAGAUUAUCUUCCAUUCAGAAGGGUGUGCAUUUUACAUCUAUUAGAAUAUUUAACAACCUGCCACAAAACAUAUAUAUCUUGAAAGACAAUAUUAAUAUUUUUAAACAAAGACUAAAGGAUUUUCUGGCUUCAAAAGCAUUUUACUCGGUAGGUGAAUAUAUGGCAAGUAGGUAAUUUUAUGCACUGUUACAGUCUGUUUUCUAAGACUAUGUUCUAGCAAGAAUUGUAAGAUGACUGAUUUUUAUACUGUUGUACCUAUCAAUGUUAUAAUUGUUGAAUAUUUUAUUGUCUAGACCAGGUUGCACAUUGCAAUGUCAGUUUG